GAUACCUUUUCGGCCGUACGCAAGAUCGCCUUAAUUUGGCUGAAACGCACGAGAGGCAACCCUGCGCUCGAAAGCACAGAUUCGAAAAUCUCACACCUGGCAACACCAAUACUCCCAAUCCAGCGCUCUCACGAUCGAGCGAUCGAACAAAGCGAUCCGCUGAAGGUAGAAAACCCGCCAUUCGAUUGCUGCUGUCCUCCCAAGUAGUCGCCGCAUUGUUUAAUACCGGCAAAAGUGCAGUUCUGUUUAACACCAUUCGGCGACAAAAGAUCCAUUAUAGGCCUAAGUGGUAAUUUCGGAUGUCGGUGAGCCAUUGUGGAAUCCACGGAAGACCCGGCUGUCCCGAUAACCAGAGGUCAUUAGAGCUACGAGAGCAAGUCGCCAUUGCCACUGCGCCACACUUUAUCUAGUGCAGAAACUCGGCUACGACGGAGGUAAAUCCACGCAAAUAUGAUUUCCAUGGAGUCUACAAUAUUAAAUUUCUCCUCCCUCCAGACAGCAGCAACGAUUGAAGGCAACGAUCGUAGAAAUCGCCACCUCGCACCUCGCCACGAUCAGCCAAGAAAGCACCCACAAAAGGCUCUCUACGGAGGGCCUUUUAUAUCGAUCGUCACACCCUCACGUCACAUCACGCUGAAGAUUGCAUCGUUCGCCGUCCACUGAUCUCUCUCGGACGAGCACAGUGCAGCGUAAUCGUUCGACGAAGCGGGGAAUGCUGUUACCGCCGUACCAACUUGGUCGCCCUCGUCGUCGUCAAACCAACCUAACGCCGUUGUCCACAGCAGAGUGUGAUAGGCCUCACGCGCAGCCGGGAUUGUAGCCGACACGGAGUUACUGGCUGACAACGGCCAAAAGCGUGAGUGAUCGUAAGGAGAUUGGUGCCUGUCAGCGGGCAAAUGAAGCAAGGAGAUAGAUUGCCAACCGGUGAUCUGAAAGCGUAUCAUCGCUAGCUAAAGCGCUCGAAUUGCGCGUUCUGAAUACCGUCGUCCAUCCAUCGCAUCGAAACGGGGCCCCAUGAACGAAUCGUCAUCGGUACGGACCGAUGAACACCGGCAGCAUCCGAUCGAGGGACAUGAGGUAGGGUAGUCAUAAGGCCUGAUGCGUAGAAUAUAAUAUUUUGAAAAUGAAGCAUUUUGAGAGUUGCUAAUUUAUCGAUCAGCCCUGAUCAUCUUUUUAUGCGAGUGGAGUCUUUUUGGGUUUUUUUCCGAUAUUCUUGCAUUUUCGGUAAUAUUGGCGCCCAACUUAAAAACCCACUUGUUUUUCUAUCGAAUUCCGCUGUCAAAACGUGAUUCGUCUCGGUAAGUGAGUUGAGUGAGAAGUGAGUUAAGUGACGUGCAUGUGUAAUAUGGAAGUGCAAUACCUAUUGGAGGAGGAGCUGGAGUUUGAGCUGAAAUUGAGAGGAGUGAAGAACCCAUCGAAUCUACAACAUGAGGAGCAGAUCACGCAACUGCAACAAUUAAUUGAAAAGGAGAUCAAAAACCAGAAUGCCCCAUCAACAGCAUCGCACAUCAUCUCCGAUGUGGACCACAUAUACCAGUGCCAAGCAAAACUCAAUCCGCUAUUCAAGGCUAUCGAGCAAGCAUUGCGUCAAGGUACGGUGGAAGAAAUCAAGAUGAACCGAUCCAGGUUGAAUCACUACCGAUGGAGACUCAGCUUGAUCACUGACUCCCUAAUCACAGCAAACGCAAACAAGUCCAUCGCCAGAAUUGAAUCUUACCUAAUCAGGGCAGAUGAGAUUCUAAGACGAAACACCCCAGGCGACAAGGAUAUUCUCCCAUCGGACCUACGAGAGCUCAACCGUAUAAAGAAUAACGAAACAACGGAGUCAGAGGUACACGAAGGUGCAACAGCCUCCGUAGAGAACGGAGAGCCUCAUAAUCUGCAGCUACAGAUACAAGAGACUCAAGCACAACUGGCAAGGCAGCAGGAGCAAUUGGACCGCAUCAUCAACAUGCUAUCAACUGCCAAUGUAGCAGGUUCGCCAAAAUCAGCACGUUCGACCCCACAAUCAACGGGAGCAGUUCAUCGGCAGUUUCCCAGAAACACGUCCUCACCCGAGCACCAGAGAACACGACCGCCUGCUCCCAACGUCAUGCCAAAUAUGGAUAACCAACAGGGCUUCGUAGAUCAAGGAAUGCCGCCAAAUCUGGUCAAUGAGAUGUUCCGCUUCUUCGUCAAUCAAAACUCCCAGAACAGAGGACAACCCGCGUCACCGAAUCAAAACCAGUUCACACAAAGAUGUUCUCAGCCGGUACACAAAUGGCCAUUCCAGUAUUCCGGCUCAGCGAACACCAUUCAGCUUGGAGAAUUUCUUAGUCAGGUCCAUACGUAUGCCGACACCGAAGGAGUCGACGAAAGGACGCUCGUACGGUCUAUAAAACAUCUUUUGAAGGGCCGUGCCUUGCAAUGGUACAGCAGAACGUAUCAAUCCUUCCGAACAUGGAAUGACUUCAAAACACUGAUCAAACGGGAGUUCCUUCCACCCAACUAUUCCGAAAUCAUCAAGCAAGACCUAUAUCUUCGCUUCCAGGGUCCUACCGAGACAUUCUCGAACUUCUAUAGGGACUUAUUGGCAGUUUUCGAGAUUGUGGAGCCUCCAAUGCUGGAAACGGAAAAGUUGUUCAUUUUGAAAUCGCAUCUCAACACGGACUUCAUCCCAAUCGCCACAGCCUCCCGAGCCGAAACAGUAGAGGACCUGGUCACCGUAUGUAGAGACUUCGAAGUUUCUCGAUCAUACUCCAUGCGUAAUCGGAGCAGUACGGGUGCACGACCAACUUCAACAAAAAACGAAAACUUCCAACAACCGCGAUCUUCGUACCCAUCUCUUGGACAGCCUCAACCCAACAUUCGAACUAAUUUUGGACGUCAACAAGUCAACUUGGUAUCCGAAGAUAUUCCCCCUCAAACAGGAGAUUUUAUUCCGACCAGCGUACAACGAGAAAUAGACCAUCUAGAGCUUGCACUCCACGAACAGGAUCCAGCCAACUCAGUAGAAGAAGUGAAUGCUUUGCAAUCUCAAACAAACUGGAACAGACCCGUCUCAGGCAGGACUCAAACAAACAACAUUUCCAACAACCAAGGCAACCAGUCGAACCCGGUAGCCUGCUGGCAAUGUGAAAUGCCGGGACACACAUAUCCCAACUGCCCCAAUCCGAAAACAUUCUUAUUUUGUUUCACAUGUGGCAAAAAAGGAUGCACGACACGUAGCUGCGACAGUUGCGUAUCCAGGUGGAGACAACUCACGUCCGAAAUCACCAGAAUGCCAUCGGGAAACGCCGGCCGGGAGUCUUCUCGGUAGAAGGCGAGAAUUCCUCCCAAACAAAACAGAUUCCUUCCGUGAGCAGUAUCCCAGAAUUCCGGAAAAUAGAAAGCAUUAUCAUAGACCCAACAAAUUCGGACAACCGUCCGUAUGCAGAAAUUUCGGUGUUGAAUACAAAACUUCGUGGACUUUUGGACAGCGGCGCAACAUGCAGUUUAGUAGGAGGCGACCACACGCGUUUGGCGGAUAAAUUGGGAUUAGUGAAGUAUCCAGUGAAAGGAGAAAUUCGAACAGCGGAUAAUUCGCCCCAUAACAUAUCCUUCUUUGCACACGUGCCUAUAGCAUACAACGGCAAGAUUCGCACUCUUCCAAUAUUGUUCUUAGAAUCUAUGCCAACAGUAUUAAUCCUUGGCAUGGAUUUCUGGAAUCGUUUUGGAGUAAAGGCCACGGUUUGUGGAAUCUCUGUGACGUCGGAUACAAAUUCAACGAUGCUGGCCAAGUUAACGGACUACCAGAAGCAACAGCUACAACAGACGAUUCAGCGAUUUCCUACUUCAUCAAACACAGGUCGACUGGGCCGUACGAAUAUCUACUGCCACAAGAUCGACACAGGAAAUGCGUUACCUUUUAAACAGAAAUACUAUCCCAUGUCGAAGUUCGUUUUAGAUGAUCUCAACAAGGAGGUGGAUCGUAUGCUACGAAUGGACGUCAUCGAGGAGGCGAUCUAUUGUCCCUGGAACAAUGCCACGGUAGCAGUAAAAAAGAAAGACGGAUCGAUGCGACUAUGCCUCGAUGCGCGAAAAUUAAAUGCAACCAUCGUGCAGGAAGCCUAUCCAAUCCCACACAUCGCGUCGAUCAUGAAUAACCUAAGCGGUUCCAAGUUCCUGUCAUCGAUUGAUCUAGAGGCCGCAUUCUGGCAAAUACCGUUGGAUCAGCAGUCCAGACCAAAGACGGCCUUUACAAUUCCCCAGCGGGGACAUUUUCAAUUUAAAGUUGUUCCCUUUGGUCUAUCGACCGCAAGCCAAGCUUUGUCGAGGGUGAUGAACCAUUUGUUCAUGGAUUUGGAGCCAAAAGUAUUUGUCUACUUGGACGACCUAAUUCUGGCCACAGACACUUUCGAAGAACACCUUAAACUGCUGGAGGAAAUUGCUCGCAGAUUGAACACCGCAAGGCUAACGAUAAAUGCGGAGAAAUCCGUUUUCUGCCGCCGCAGCCUGGACUAUCUCGGCUACGUUCUGGAUGACAUGGGUUGGCACGUAGACGAGACAAAAGUAGAAGCCAUAAGCAAGUUUCCCACGCCCUCGUCAAAAAAGGAGGUGCAACGUUUCGUUGGCAUGUGCGGCUGGUACAGACGUUUUAUCCAAGAUUUCUCCAAGACAGCGGUUCCGCUAACUGAACUAACGAAAGCUAAGAUGAAAUUCAAAUGGACCCAGGAUUGUGAGAAGGCAUUCCAAACGCUGAAAGGACAACUAAUUUCUGCACCAGUACUUCGAACACCAGACUACUCUAAACCUUUCGCCAUAGCCUGUGAUGCCAGUGACGUAGCUAUCGGUGCCGUUCUAACUCAGGGGACAGAGGAAACGGAACAUGUCAUAUGCUACUUCUCCCAAAAACUUACAUCGGCCGAACGGAAGUACUCUGUUACCCAGAGAGAGUGUUUGGCAGUCAUACGCGCGAUAGAAAAGUUUC